UCAACAUUUCACACUUGAAGACUUAAAAACAAAAACAAUGAUCAAGAAGAUGGCGCCAACGGAAAACGAGUUUGAUAUCCCGGCCAAAAACUGCUACAGGAUGGUAAUUUUGGGCUCGACUAAGGUCGGCAAGAGUGCCAUCGUGUCUCGGUUUCUAUAUGGCAAGUUUGAAGACCAGUACACCCCUACCAUUGAGGACUUUCAUAGGAAACUGUACAGCAUCAAGGGAGACGUAUACCAACUGGACAUACUGGACACCUCUGGCAACCAUCCAUUCCCCGCCAUGCGCAGACUCUCAAUACUUACUGGUGAUGUCUUCAUCCUUGUCUUCAGCUUAGAUUCCCGCGAAUCCUUUGAGGAGGUGAAACGGCUUAAACGGCAGAUCUUCGAGACUAAAUCGUUACUGAAAAACAAGACCAAGGAGAACGCGGACGUCCCGCUGGUGAUCUGCGGCAACAAGGGCGACCGGGAGUUCUAUCGCCAGGUGCAGCGGCACGAGAUCGACGCGCUGGUGGCGGGCGACGAGCAGUGCGCCUACUUCGAGAUCUCCGCCAAACGGAACACGAACGUGGACGUGAUGUUCCAGCGCCUCUUCACGCUGGCCAAGCUGCCGCACGAGAUGAGCCCGGACCUGCACCGCAAGGUGUCCGUGCAGUACAGUGACAUGCUGCACCGGAGCAAGUCUUUCAAAAGCAAGAAGCUGAAGGGGGAGGCGUGCGACGCCUACGGCAUCUUGGCGCCCUUCGCGCGCAGGCCCAGCGUGCAUAGUGACUUGAUGUACAUUAAGGAGAAGGCGGUGGGCGGCGGCCAGAGCAAGGAUAAGGAGCGAUGCGUCAUCUGCUAAACGGGACUACAUGAGACAGUUUGCGCUGUUUUUGACGGUACCUUGAAGUUACUGAGGUGCUUAAAGUGCAGAGAAAGUUGUCAGUGAGAGUGACUGGCAGCUCCUGCAGCCUUGACGCAGCUCCAGGCGGCUUUUCCUCGGCGCGUGCCAAGAAGGGUCCUAGCCCGUGAACUCACGAGGCACCACCGCCCUGGCACGAGGCCAGGGUUCCUGCCACGCUAAUGCGCGUGAGCCGCAAGCCUCUGCUCUGUUCUAUUCUGCGCGCGAGAGCUUUAAAACUGAAUGUGCGUGUGUGUGUGUGGCGUCGCAGAGCCUUGGCGACGUGAUGCAUGUGGCGUUUAAACAUCGUGAGACUGAGAGAAACGCGUAAAUAUGCUCGUCAUAACAUUAUGCCUUCAUCCAGUUGGAGACAUCACCCCAGGAGGGGGAGGAAUCCACAUUGUUAAAAAAUGCCAACCACCAGCUGUUUACAUUUUGUAACAGAGGACUGACACUUGAAUGUUUGCUAUCUGAACAACAUGAUCCAUGUGAAUGUAUUUAUUCUUUUGUGAAUGUUAUUUUUUAUUUUAUUUUUUGCAAAGAAAAGCAGUAUAAUAUAAUUAAAAAAAAUAUAUCAAACUUAUGAUACACGUGUCUGUCUAUUCAUAUCAUGGAGAGGACAACUGCUAAAGGGGCAGACCAAUGCUGAGUGGAGCACUUGGGAUAUUGAUAACCACUAUUAACAUCAAUAAGGCCAUCCAGUCAUGUUCAACAAUGUAGGUUAUGCACUAAAAA